CCGCGUUAUGUUUCGGCGAGGAAAAGUGUCAGAAAAGUUUUGCAAAUUCUCUUCUGUAUAGUCGCUUCUGCAUCAUCAAAUACGGUGCGCACACGAGGACAAAGUGAAGUUUGGUCGUCCAGAAGUGGAGGUUCCGGGGGAGGAGGAGGUGGAGGAGGAGGGGGAGGAGGGAGAGGAGGAGGAGGAGGGGGUGGAGGUGGUGGUGGUGGUGGAGGAGAGAGCAGAAGAGGUGUAGGGAAGGGGAUGACCAAACCAAGUCACAGAGAACAGGUAUCAAACACUGGCAGCUGGAUGGUUCAGGCUGGGGGAGGGGGCGGCGGCGGCCGUGUGGGUGUUGAUAAUAACGUUUUGUUGUCGUCGCUUGCUUCACCCGAAGCCCUUGAAGCUGCAGCGCAGAGUGUCUCUCAGGAGCUACUUGAUGAUGCCAUUCUAAAUGUUGUUUUUGAAGUGCAUCAAAGUGUCAAAACUGGUCUAAUGAUGCUGGAGGUCGGAUCAGUAGAAGAGGAACAAAAAUUCUUACAGGUAAAUGCUGAAGGCCUUGAUGUGUUUGGUCAGGCACCUAUCAAGAAGCAACAUGAAUGCAUCUGCCCCAAUUGCUCACGAAACCUAGCUGCUUCAAGGUUUGCACCACACUUGGAAAAAUGUAUGGGUAUGGGACGUAACUCGUCACGCAUUGCAAGCCGUCGUAUCCAGAACUCCACCAAAGAGAACUCAAAUAGCCAUCACGGCGGAAGUGAUGAUGACGAUGAUGAUGACUGGAUGAUUGAUCGGAAGCGUAAAAGACGGGACAAGAACUCUCCUAGAAGAUCUAAAAAUGCAAAGGUUAAAGGUGACAGCGUAUCCUCCAGCAGCAAUGUGGAGACAACACUGGCUACAGGGACAACAGAGGAGAAACGUGCAAUGCUCAAGCAGAUCUGUGGGGUAGUCUCAGAGCACACACGCAAGAUGUGCACGCGCUCCAUACGUUGCCCCCAGCACACUAGCGAACAAAGAAGAGCUGUUAGGGAUCAGGUCUUCAAUGGCUCGGGAUCAGAGACCACCACCACUACACGGGCGGCAGACUCCACCAGCAGGAGCCUUGGGGAUACAGCAGAGGACAUCCAUGUGGACAUCGAUGGAUUGGACGAUGGGCAGCUAGCCUCCUCGUGGGACAAUGACCACUCCAAUACCACCUCCCCCGCCGACUCCACCUCCACCAACAAUUCCACCUCUUCACUGGCAAAGCGCAAUGGGAGCAAGUCGAAAAAGAAGUCCUCUAAAUCCUCCAAGAGCUCGAGUAGCAGCCACGGGUCACUGCUAGACUGAGUUUUUUUUUUUCGUACAAGUGUGUCUUGGGGGAGAGGGUAGUGUUUUUAUUUGUUUUGUUUCCUGAAUUUGUCAUGAAAUUGCUUCUGAAUGAUUUAUGGUGUAUGCUUCCUUGCCAUUUCAGGGUAAAUAUGAGUAUGAUCAAGGGACUUGCAGUUAUUAUUAAUACCGUUGAUAUUAUUAUUAUUAUUAUUAUUAUUAUUAUUAUUAUUAUUAUUAUAAUUGUUUAUUCGUUAUUUUUUUAUCAUUAUUGUAUUUAUUUUUAUUAUGUUAAUGAUGAU